AUGAGUGAAAAAACAAGUAAUACCCAAGAGCUAGAACAACCACCUAAACAAAAAACUGCAAAAGAGCUAGAAAAAGAAAGAAAGAAAGCUGAAAAAUUAGCUAAAUUUAAUGCUAAAAAGGCUAAACAACCACCAGCACCCAAAUCAGAAGAAUCCAAGAAACAGAAACCAAAAAAGGAAAUUGAAUCAAUACCUGAAUUUAAAGAUGAAACAAAACCGGGUGAUAAAAAGAUAUUAGUACCAUUAGAUGAUCUUUCAUUUAAAGCUUAUAACCCAAAAAAUGUUGAAAGUUCAUGGUAUUCAUGGUGGGAAAAUCAAGGUUUUUUCAAACCUGAAUUAACUGAAAAUGGAGAUAUAAAAUCAGAAGGAUGUUUUUCAAUACCAUGUCCUCCUCCAAAUGUUACUGGUGCAUUACAUAUUGGUCAUGCAUUAACAGUAUCAAUACAAGAUACAUUAAUUAGAUGGAAUAGAAUGAAAGGUAAAACUACAUUAUUUAUACCAGGAUUUGAUCAUGCAGGUAUUGCAACUCAAUCAGUUGUUGAAAAACAAAUUUGGUUAAAAGAAAAAAAAACAAGACAUGAUUAUGGAAGAGAAAAAUUUAUUGAAAAAGUUUGGGAAUGGAAAGAAGAAUAUCAUCAAAGAAUUAAAAAUCAAUUUAAAAAAUUAGGUGCAUCAUAUGAUUGGGAAAGAGAAAAAUUUACUUUAAAUCCAGAUUUAUCAAAAGCUGUUACUGAAGCUUUUGUAAGAAUGCAUGAAGAUGGGACAAUUUAUAGAGCUUCAAGAUUAGUUAAUUGGUCAGUUAAAUUAAAUACUGCUAUAUCAAAUCUAGAAGUUGAUAAUAAAAAUAUUUCAGGUAAAACUUUGUUGAGUGUACCUGGUUAUGAUAAUAAAAUAGAAUUUGGUACUUUGACAAGUUUUUCUUACCAAGUUGAAAAUUCAAAUGAAAAAAUUACUGUUGCAACAACAAGACCAGAAACUAUUUUUGGUGAUACUGGUAUUGCAGUCCAUCCAAAUGAUUCAAGAUAUAAACAUUUACAUGGUAAAUAUGUUUUACAUCCAUUUUUAGAUAGAAAAUUACCAAUUAUAACAGAUUCUGAAGCUGUUGAUAUGGAAUUUGGUACAGGUGCUGUUAAAAUUACACCAGCUCAUGAUCAAAAUGAUUAUAAUACAGGUAAAAGAAAUAAUUUAGAAUUUAUAAAUAUAUAUACAGAUGAUGGAUAUCUUAAUGAAAAUUGUGGACCCGCAUGGAAAGGAAUGAAAAGAUUCGAUGCAAGAUCAAAAGUAAUUGAAGAGUUGAAACAAAAAAAUUUAUUUGUUGAACAAAAAGAUAAUGAAAUGACAAUACCAUUAUGUUCAAGAUCUGGUGAUAUAAUUGAACCAUUAUUAAAACCUCAAUGGUAUGUAAAUCAAAAAGAAAUGGCUAAAGAUGCCAUUGCAGCAGUUAAAAAUGGUGAUAUUACAAUAACUCCAAAAACUUCAGAAUCUGAAUAUUUUCAAUGGUUAGAAAACAUACAAGAUUGGUGUAUUUCACGUCAAUUAUGGUGGGGUCAUAGAUGUCCAGUUUAUUUUGUAAAUAUUGAAAAUGAAGAACAUGAUAAAUUAGAUAAUAAUUAUUGGAUUUCAGGUAGAACUUAUGAAGAAGCUUUAGCCAAGGCCAAUGAAAAAUUUGGUGAUAAAAAAUUUGAAUUAGAACAAGAUGAAGAUGUAUUAGAUACUUGGUUUUCCUCAGGUUUAUGGCCAAUUUCAACAUUAGGCUGGCCUGACAACACAAAAGAUAUGCAACUAUUUAAUCCAAUGUCAAUGUUAGAAACUGGUUGGGAUAUUUUAUUUUUUUGGGUUUCAAGAAUGAUUUUAAUGUCAUUAAAAUUAACUGGUAAAGUUCCAUUUAAAGAAGUAUUUUGUCAUUCAUUAGUAAGAGAUGCUCAAGGUCGUAAAAUGUCUAAAUCUUUAGGUAAUGUUAUUGAUCCAUUAGAUGUUAUUACAGGUAUACCAUUACAAGGAUUACAUGAUAAAUUAACUACUGGAAACUUAGAUCCAAAAGAAUUAAAAAAGGCAAUGGAAGGUCAAAAAUUAUCUUACCCCAAUGGUAUACCAGAAUGUGGUACUGAUGCAUUAAGAUUUGCUCUUUGUGCUUAUUCAACUGGUGGUAGAGAUAUUAAUUUAGAUAUUUUAAGAGUUGAAGGUUAUAGAAAAUUUUGUAAUAAAAUUUAUCAAGCUACAAAAUUUGUUUUAGGUAAAUUAGGUGAUGAUUUUAAACCACAAAACACUAGUGAUUUGUCAGGUAAUGAAUCAUUAGUUGAAAAAUGGAUAUUAACUAAAUUAUCAAUAACUGCAAAAAAUACAAAUGAAGCUUUGGAAGCAAGGAAUUUUGGUGAUGCUACUAACCACAUAUAUAAUUAUUGGUAUGAUUUAUGUGAUGUUUAUAUUGAAAAUUCAAAAUCUUUAAUUCAAGAUGGUACACCAGAACAAAAAAAAUCAGCUCAAGAUACUUUAUAUACAAGUAUUGAUGGAGCAUUAAGAUUAAUACAUCCAUUUAUGCCAUUUGUAACUGAAGAAAUGUGGCAAAGAUUACCAAGAAGAGAAGGAGAUUUAACUAAAACUAUAAGUAAAGCUAAAUAUCCAACCUACUUAAAAGAUUUUGAUAAUCAAGAAGCUUUAAAUGCUUAUGAUUUAGUACUUGAUAUAACAAAGGGUGCAAGAUCAUUACUAGCUCAAUAUAAUAUAAUUAAAAAUGGUCAAGUAUUUGUAGAAUCAUCAAAUGAAAAUAUCUACAAAAUUGCCAGUGAUCAACAAGAUUCAAUUGUAAGUUUAAUAAAAGGAGUUGAAAAAAUUAAAGUUGUUAAAACUAUUUCAGAAAUUCCUUCAGGUUGUGCAUUACAAGCAAUUUCACCAGAUUGUACAGUUCAUGUAUUAGUAAAAGGACAAAUAGAUUUAGAUUUAGAAAUUUCAAAAGUUAAUAAAAAAUUACAAAAUUCAUUAGAAUUGAAAAAAAAACAAGAUGACAGUAUUAGUAAAUUUACUGAAAAGACAAAACCUGAAGCUAUUGAAAGUGCAAAACAAAGAUUAGAAAAAGUUAUUGCAGAAAUUGAAGGAUAUGAACAAACUAUUGAUAUAUUGGAGAAGUUGAAAUUAUAG